UGAUUAUCAGAAUUGAGAGGAUAAUCAUUAUUAAUAAUUAAGUUAUUUAAAAAAGAAAUGUGAAAACGGAAAAGAGAAAAGGAAGAAGAAAAGAUCCAUUCUUUCUCAAGUAAAUCAGAAAUACCAGGUUUUGACUUGAACCCAAGAGCUGCUAAAAUAUCUUGGUUUAUCCCGAAUUAUGAGGUAGAAGAGAUGGAAAAGUCUGGUGGUAAAAAUCAACAAUUUGUUGAUUUUCUUAUUCAGUCCAACAAUUCUAAUGUCUGUGAUCCCUACAAUCAGUUAAUCGAUCCUACUUCAAAACCCUUACAAGAUCAAUUCCGAUCCUCAUCUGGUCAAGAUCCUCAACUUGAUUUCCAGCAAUACCCGAUUUCUCAGAACCAUGAAAUGACACCUACUUUAAACCUAACAAAUCUACCAUUCAUUCAGAAGGAGCAUGAUAUUUCCAGAUAUAUAUCUGAUCAUCAAGGGUUUCAGAAUCAACUUCUACAGAAGGAUCAUCAUGGUUAUCAGCAUCAAUACAAUCCCCAGGAUGCAUAUCAGUAUCCACAUGAUCUGCAAUAUCUGAUAAAUUCAGAAGCUGAGUCUAUAAAAAAUUAUCAUGAGACACAAAAAUCAUCUGUUUAUCAACCCCGAAGGACAAACUCCAACCCACCACAAGUUUUGACCCCACCACAAACUCCCAGCAACCAAAUGAAGUCAUUUAAUUUCUCUUUUAGCAGAUCAAGCAACUUAGAACCUCAAUUGUGUGAUCAACUAUCUCCUUUUUGUUCAGAAAACCCAUUGUUUUCUGAAAAUGGUUCCACACGAAGUUACUCCUUUUUUCAUGAGAAUGAGCAUAAAGUACCUAACUCCAUUUCCAAUACUUCUUUGAGACCCAGUGAACCAUUCCAAUCAACGAAAAUGCAAAGUUCCCCGGGUUAUUUUAAUCCUUCAUAUUCGCAACAUAUUAGUGUUCAACAAGACGGCAAUCCACCAUUUUCUUCAGCAGUUUUUCAAUCAAGAUCAUCGUUAAAUAGUUCAAUGCAAUUCAAUGAUAAUUCAUCAAAUCCUUCUCCAAAUGUUGUUUUGCGCUCAAGUUCACAAACCCAAGCUCCCAGUUUUGCAACCUACAACAAUAAACAUGUUCCUACGAUUCCAAAGAAGCGGCCAUUAUCUUUUUCAGCUGACUUGGCUGAAAAUCCGCAAUUUUUUAAAGAUGGCCGACAUCAGUUCCAAAAAUUGCCUCCAAGAUUUGAUGACAUUAAUGUGAUGAAAGAUGCAGAGAAGGAUGGGUUUAUAAGAGGAGAUUAUCACGAAGGUUCUGGAAGGAUGGGUCAGGAGUUUGAUGUAAUUCUGGAGUCGAGUCUUAAUACUGUUCGAAGGUGGAGUGAAAAUAAAGUUAUCAUGGAGGUGUUCUAUUGUUCUAUCUGUGACCUACCAACGGAUUCAGAGGAGAACCUGAAAAUGCACAUUAAAAGAAUGCAUACCAGUGGGAUGAAACAAGAGCAGUAUUCAUGUAGAGCAUGCGGAAAACUGUUCGACAAAAUGGAAUCUAUGAACUUGCAUGAGAAAAGUUGCGAUAUUUUCCGACCCUAUAGGUGUGAUGUGUGUGAGAAAAGAUUUAUAUUUCGUGGUCGGUUGAGAGUACACAGACGAAGCUGUGGUUUAAACUCUCCUGUUCCCUGUAAGGUGUGCAACAAACUAUUUAUAAAUUAUACAAAUCUAAACCAUCAUGUUGUUGUUCAUGCAUACAUGUAAAAUUCAAAAGGAAAAAAAUCUUUAAAAAUGUUUCUGAUGCUUUUCACAGUAAAAUAUUUCAAAAUG